ACUGCCGCGGAGAACAACACGUGAUGACAGUGGUGGAAUGUUCCUCCUACCAGAGCACUGUGGUCGGUGUUGGGGACACGGCUGUGGAUUUGGACGUGCCAGUCUGCAUCCAGGUCGCCUGGCAUCUGCAGUCUCACGGAGCAGCCUUUGGAACCUUCCCGUGGGCAGGUAAAAGUAAAGAAGCAGAAAUAAAGAGGAUAAACAAAGAAUUGGCAAACAUUAGGUCAAAAUUUAAAGGUGACAAGGCUCUUGAUGGCUACAGUAAAAAAAAGUACGUGUGCAAGCUGCUCUUCAUCUUUCUGCUUGGUCAUGACAUCGACUUCGGACACAUGGAGGCCGUGAACCUGCUGAGCUCGAACAGAUACACGGAGAAGCAGAUUGGCUACCUUUUCAUCUCUGUGCUGGUGAACUCCAACAGUGAGCUCAUCCGCUUGAUCAACAACGCCAUCAAGAAUGACCUGGCCAGUCGGAACCCCACCUUCAUGGGCCUGGCGCUGCACUGCAUCGCCAACGUCGGCAGUCGGGAGAUGGCCGAGGCCUUCGCCGGGGAGAUCCCUAAGAUCCUCGUGGCUGGAGAUACCAUGGACAGCGUGAAGCAGAGUGCUGCCUUGUGUUUGCUGCGCCUGUACAGAACGUCUCCUGAUCUCGUCCCCAUGGGUGACUGGACAUCCCGCGUGGUGCACCUCCUCAACGACCAGCAUUUGGGCGUGGUGACCGCCGCCACCAGUCUGAUCACCACGUUAGCGCAGAAGAACCCGGAAGAGUUUAAGACGUCCGUCUCUCUGGCUGUCUCUAGAUUAAGCAGAAUUGUGACGUCUGCUUCGACAGAUCUUCAGGAUUACACUUACUACUUCGUACCAGCUCCCUGGCUGUCUGUCAAGCUUCUGAGGCUGCUCCAGUGCUACCCACCCCCAGAAGACCCCGCAGUGCGGGGCCGCCUGACAGAGUGCCUGGAGACCAUCCUGAACAAAGCCCAAGAGCCACCGAAGUCAAAGAAGGUCCAGCACUCGAACGCAAAGAACGCCGUGCUCUUCGAGGCCAUCAGCCUGAUCAUUCACCACGACAGUGAGCCCAACCUGCUCGUCCGCGCCUGCAACCAGCUGGGCCAGUUCCUGCAGCACCGCGAGACCAACCUGCGCUACCUGGCCCUGGAGAGCAUGUGCACGCUGGCCAGCUCCGAGUUCUCCCACGAGGCCGUCAAGACGCACAUCGACACGGUCAUCAACGCUCUGAAGACGGAGCGUGACGUCAGCGUGCGGCAGCGGGCAGCCGACCUCCUCUACGCCAUGUGCGACCGCAGCAAUGCCCAGCAGAUUGUGGCUGAGAUGCUGAGCUACCUGGAGACGGCUGACUACUCCAUCCGUGAAGAGAUCGUGCUGAAGGUCGCCAUCCUCGCUGAGAAGUACGCCGUCGACUACACGUGGUACGUGGACACCAUCCUGAACCUGAUCCGGAUCGCGGGCGACUACGUGAGCGAAGAGGUGUGGUACCGAGUCAUUCAGAUCGUCAUCAACCGGGACGAUGUGCAGGGCUACGCCGCCAAGACCGUGUUUGAGGCUCUUCAGGCCCCAGCGUGCCACGAGAACCUGGUCAAAGUGGGCGGCUACAUCCUGGGAGAGUUCGGGAACCUGGUAGCUGGGGACCCGAGGUCCAGCCCUCUGAUCCAGUUCAACCUGCUCCACUCCAAGUUCCACCUGUGCAGUGUCCCCACCCGCGCGCUCCUGCUGUCCACCUACAUCAAGUUCGUGAACCUCUUCCCGGAGGUGAAGGCCACCAUCCAGGACGUGCUGCGCAGCGACAGCCAGCUGAGGAACGCCGACGUGGAGCUGCAGCAGCGGGCCGUGGAGUACCUGCGGCUCAGCUCCAUCGCCAGCACCGACAUCCUGGCAACUGUCCUGGAGGAGAUGCCCCCAUUCCCAGAGCGGGAGUCCUCCAUCCUGGCAAAACUCAAGAAGAAGAAGGGCCCGAGCACAGUGACAGACCUAGAGGAGACCAAGCGGGAGAGGAAUGUGGACGUGAACGGGGGCCCCGAGCCCGCCCCAGCCAGCGCCAGUGCCGUGUCUACGCCAUCGCCGUCGGCAGACCUGCUGGGUCUGGGGGCGGCUCCCCCCGCCCCUGCGGGGCCCCCACCCUCCGGCGGCGGGCUGCUCGUGGAUGUGUUCUCAGACUCGGCUUCUGCGGUCGCACCUCUCGCCCCCGGCUCUGAAGACAACUUUGCCAGGUUUGUUUGUAAAAACAAUGGUGUGCUGUUUGAAAACCAGCUGCUUCAAAUUGGACUUAAGUCUGAAUUUCGGCAGAAUUUAGGUCGGAUGUUUAUAUUUUAUGGAAAUAAGACCUCCACGCAGUUCUUAAACUUUACUCCAACACUAAUCUGCUCAGAUGCACUGCAGUCUAACCUGAACCUGCAGACCAAGCCCGUGGACCCGACUGUGGAUGGGGGCGCACAGGUGCAGCAGGUGGUCAACAUAGAGUGCGUGUCAGACUUCACAGAAGCACCGGUCCUCAACAUCCAGUUCAGGUAUGGGGGGACCUUUCAGAAUGUGUCUGUCAAGCUGCCCAUCACACUCAACAAGUUUUUCCAGCCCACAGAAAUGGCUUCUCAGGACUUCUUUCAGCGUUGGAAGCAGCUGAGCAGCCCACAGCAGGAAGUGCAGAACAUUUUCAAAGCCAAGCAUCCGAUGGACACGGAGAUUACGAAAGCCAAGAUUAUUGGAUUUGGCUCUGCACUCCUUGAGGAGGUCGAUCCUAACCCUGCAAACUUUGUGGGGGCUGGCAUCAUACAUACCAAAACCACGCAGAUCGGAUGCUUACUGCGUCUGGAGCCGAAUCUGCAAGCCCAGAUGUACCGACUCACACUGCGAACGAGUAAAGAGACCGUAUCUCAGCGAUUGUGUGAAUUGCUGUCGGAGCAGUUUUAAUCAACGAGGAUGGAAGACAAGCUCACGUGUUUGUCAUUUCUCUUCGUCUCUCCUGUCUGUCUUCGUUACCACCCUGCAGUAUACACCCCUUGUCCGAAUGCCCAGUCCCGGCACCCCUAGCCCUGCCGUCCAGACUCUGGCCCUUUUGGGUGUGGACGGGACACAGAUGCGCAGUUGAGAAGAAAGCUGAGCCUGACUGCAGCAGGCCUGCCGAGUCAGAGGAUGGCACGUGGACCCCGGGGUCAGUUUUUAUAGAAUCAAGACAGUCCUGUGGUUAUAUCUACAAAUUAAAGGGAAAUGAGCAGCCUGAAUGGAGAAGGAGAUUCUGUUGAGGUUUAUUGAGGUGCCGCGGCUGUGACUCUGGUCUGCAUCCCCGGCUCCCCGAGAGCAGCAGCACGCUGGCCAGGCCAUGCCUCCGCUCUCUGGCUGUCCUGGGGACACCAGAAGCAGGGUCUUGCCUGGGACUGAUUCCUGGCCCAAAGAGCAUGUCAGCCCUGGGCCCCCCGGGAGGGUUUGCUGUAGCUCCAAUGGGGCAGGUUUUCUGAGGCAGGAAUUUUAAAUCUGGAAGUGACAUUGUACUUGGAACGACUAUUGGCAGAACUGCGUGUCCUGGUGAGACUGAAUUCUGUCCCUUCUCAAUAUCGGUGUUCUUCAGGGGCCUUUGUCAUGUCGUUCUUGCUGUCUGAGACCUCGCAUUUGUGGUUUGGUGAGGGGGGUGUCUGGUGGCCCUGGCAGGUGUGUGCACCACUCCUGCUCGGGGCUCAAGGGAGUGUCGUCCCCGUGGUGCGCUCUGAGGACUUGGAGGCACGAGCGCAGAGCGACACUCUGGAAGGUGUGCUUCUCUCCCCCCUGGGCUGUCACCUGGCAGUAUCAUUUUCUCCGUGCCCAGGUGUUACAUGGGGUGGAGCAGAGGAGGGAGGGCUCGGUAUGUUCGGACAGGAAAUGAGGAACACGGGGUGGGGGAAAUGGCAGCCCCUGGACACGCUGGGGAUACACUGGAGCCCUUGGUCUGCACGCUGUCCUGUCUUCACCCAGACUCUGUGUCUGGCACCUGCAGACAGGAGGGUGGAGCAGGGCUCAGAGGCCUUGGGAGCCAGGGCCUGGCACUCCAUCCUGUCCUGAGGUGACGUGUGGGAUCAGCACAGACCCAGGUCGGGCAGGCUUGUCCUAACGCACACGGCUGUUGCUGGCACUUGAGGCAACUUAAGAAGAGCGAGCCCAGGAACCAUCUUCGGCGUCACUGCUUCACCAGAGCACUGAUUCCGCUGCCUGCAGGAGGGCAGGCGGCCUCGCCCAGGCCCCUGCCGUCAGCUGCCUAGGGUGCUGGGUCUGGGAGCAGCUGCCAGGAAUCUCGUCCUGCCCACCCCGUGUGACCGCAGGGCUGUGCCGUGUGUGUCCCAGCGUGUUGGACACGGACCUGAGGCGACUGUGUCAGAGGAGCAGCCCCGCUCCGGCCCUCCUGCUCUCUGGCUGUGGCUGUGGCUGCUCCAGCCUGUCUUGGGACACACCGGGAGUAGCCUGGGCUUGCACUGCAGGGGAUGCCCUCACCUGCCAUGGGACGGUGCAGUGUGCGUGUGGCCUCGUGGACCAUGGGCCACCAGGCCCUGGCUCAUGUGCCCUGUGUGGCUCAUGGCGACAGUUUCCUCAGCUAGUCACCACGUUCCCUGGAGCACAGAAAAGGCCUCACUCGCAGCGCUACUCCAGGGGAGGGAGGGGCCGUCAGCGGAGUGUGCUCCUUUCAAAGUACAAUAAAGUGCUCCAAUGA